AUGCUAAACUUCUCAACCCUUUCUCUCCUUUUUUGCCUAGUGCUCUUCACUAUAUCUACUCCAUCCACACCGCCCGAGAUUCGAAAUUGUUCGACUCUCCAAGAUCUAGUGGAAUUUGGAGCGUGUCUUCCGUUGAUAUCGAAUCUGAAGGGGUACGUAGAGCAACAUAACAGCAAACCCCCAUCGGAACACGUGGAAAACAUGACGCUGUUGUGUGAGAAAACUACUAGCUGUCUUUCUAGAGUUCAGUGCAAACAAGGCAUUGAAGCGACAAUUGUAUUAGACGCCGCUUGUGAUAUAGUGAAAUAUCGGGACAGUCAACUUGAGUUAUGCAUUAUUGGAUUCUUCAAAAAGGUGUAUUUGGCGAGGGAGAUGAUGAAUGAAACUUCAUGUUUUAAAGAUUAUGAUUUCCUAGAGAAAGAUAUGACGAAGAGAAGCGAGGCUUACACCAAUGGACAGCAAUGUUUUUUGGAUUACGUCAAGGAGAGUUGCAAUGAAUCUUCAAUUGAGUUCUUCUCUAAAAACUAUGAGAAAUUCGUGACCACAAUGACAACUGAGCCAAUUGUCAAGAACUGUAAAUCUUCUCAUCAUCUCCUGAAUUCAUUUCAAUGUGUAGCAGUGGCAGAGCAAACAGCUUCGAGCAUCGAACAGCUCAGUAAAACCAAAAUUCAUCUGAACGACCCUCGAGUUGACAUUGCAAUCAAGUUGUGUAGACAAACUGAGUCCUGCAUGAACAAUAGUUGUGUCGCCAGCGAAUCCGUCCGCCAACAAAUUCAACAAAGCUGCAAUCUUGUCGAAAUGAUGGAAAGCAAGUUCGGUGUCUGCAUUUCGAAAAUCAUGAAUGAAAAGCCGGAUCUGUCGAGAUUCGAGUGCUUGGGAGGGAUGGACUUCUAUUCUACUACCACAGAAGCCACUUGUGAGAAGUAUAAAACUAAGAAAAGCUGUUUGAAGAGCGUGAUGUCAGAUAUCUGUGGGGAGGCGGCUGUGGAGGAUUAUGAGAGAAUUGUUGACAAAGUGGCUUCACAAUUUAAGUGCGAAUAG